CAUUCAUAGAGGAGCAGCACGCGAGCCCUGACUGUCCUCGAGGACUUCAUGUUUUUAGCGGGCUCUGUGUGACGCUGAGCGGGCUGUUGAUUUGGGCAACAUCGGCGGAGUGAAGCGGAUCACCGACAUGUCGGAGGAAGCACGUUCUCCGGAUGGAAAUGGAAAGGUUAAGCGGGUCAUCCGGAUUGGAACUCGCAAGAGCCAGUUGGCUCGCAUCCAGACUGACAGCGUGGCGGACAAGUUGAAAGAACUGUACCCCGACAUCACCUUGGAGAUCGUUGGCAUGUCAACGACCGGAGACAAAAUCCUGGACACAGCUCUAUCAAAGAUUGGAGAGAAGAGUCUGUUCACCAAAGAGUUGGAGAACGCUCUGGAGAGGAACGAGGUCGAUCUGGUUGUUCACUCGCUCAAAGACCUUCCCACCACGCUGCCUUCAGGAUUCACCAUCGGAGCUGUGCUCAAGAGAGAAAACCCCCAUGAUGCAGUGGUUUUACACCCCAAACAUGCAGGGAAAACUCUUGACACUCUGCCAGAAAACAGCGUGAUCGGCACCAGCUCACUGCGCCGUGCCGCUCAGCUGAAGAAGAGAUUCCCGCACCUGGAGUUCAAAGACAUCCGAGGGAACCUGAACACACGUCUGAAGAAGCUGGACGAGAAGGAGGACUUCGCCGCCAUCAUCCUGGCUGCGGCCGGCCUCAAGAGGAUGGGCUGGGACAACCGCAUCAGCCAGAUCCUGGAGCCUGAAGACUGCAUGUACGCUGUUGGACAGGGGGCUUUGGCGGUGGAGGUUCGGGCCAGAGAUGAAGACAUCCUGGAGAUGGUGUCUGUCCUCCAUCACCCAGACACUGUGCUGCGCUGCAUCGCUGAGAGAGCCUUCCUCAAACGCCUGGAGGGCGGCUGCAGUGUUCCUGUGGCCGUACACACCGAAGUCAAAGACGCACAGCUUUACCUGACGGGGGCGGUGUACAGCCUGGACGGAUCGGACAGUCUGAAGGAAACCAUGCAGACCAGCAUCGCUACGGAUGAAAAGAGCGUAGAGGAGGUGGACGAGCGCGUCCAGCGAGUUGGAGUCACAGCCAUUAAGAUCUCCAGCGGAGCCCUGGACGGGGCCGAGCGGCUGGGGGUCGACUUGGCCAACUUACUGCUGAGCAAAGGAGCCAAGGAGAUUUUGACGGUGGCCAGGCAGCUCAACGACGCCAGAUAAUCCCGCCCAGCUGAGGCGCGAGGCUCCAGAGGUGCCGGGGUCCUCGAGUGCAGUCAGUCACAACCUUUUGUCAAGUAAAAACUUGAAUUCCUUCUUUAUUUUACACUUUUGACGUUGCGUUAGAAAAAGAUUGGCGACUCCCUGUCGCACUCGGUAAACUCAAUCAACGGCAGAUGAAUUUUCGAGGAUUUUAAAACACUACUUGGACCAAAGUUGUGCUUAGUGAUACAAUGCUGCUGUUAUUUUACGCUUGGUCAAAGCGUGGAGCACUCCUGGUCUUGGUUCCAGCCUGUUCUUUCAGUACCUCAAGGAACCAUCUCCUGAGCCGCGUAGAAACAACCCUACUGGGAUUAUUAGUCAGAAACACAAAAUGGCCUUUAAACAUCGCUGUCAGCGCUCUCAGUACCAUCACUGGCUGAUAUCCUCAUUGUGAAACCCUUUUUUAUUUUUAUGUUUAUUUAAAAGCGCACCAGUGAAGUAUUAGUGUCAGUAUAUUUAAUGGGAUGCCUCGAAAAUUCAAUGUUCCCCAUAAAAAGCAUCAGCGUCCAUUAUUCUCUACUUGCACAAUGUAGUGUGACGUCUAUCAGUUUUCCGAACUUCACUUUUGUUAACUUCCUGUCAGCUCUACGGUAACCUGCCUCCAACUAUAGUGAUCAAAGUGCUUUUUCACCGAAAGUUCGUCAGCUUUUCCUCCGUUUUCACAGCGAGCUUUGAACACGUUGAUCGUAUUUGUCAUUCGUUUGUAAAGUGUCACUGAUCCUUUUGAUAAUCACCUCAAUCUUUAAAUAGCGAGAUUUAGUGAGUCAUCUUACCCAGCCAGCUAUGAAAAUGAGUCAUCGUCAAGAACUUUUUUGUGAAGCCAAUGUGACCUUUACCUUUGACCUUUGACCUUCAAAUUCUAAUCAGUUCAUUAUUGAGUCCAAGUGGACGUUUGUGCCAAAUUUGAGGAUAUUCCCUAAAGGCUAUCUUGAGACAUCACAUUAAUGAAAUUGAGAUGGAUGCAAGGUCGAAGUGACCUUGAUCUUUGACCUCCAAAUUCCAAUUAGUGCAUUUUUGGGUCCAAGUGGAAGUUUGUGCCAAAUUUGAGCAAAUUCUCUAAAUGCCUUUGAGAUAUUGUGCUCACAAGAAUGAAUCAAGCGAGGUCACAGUGACCUUUGACCACAAAAAUUUAAUCAGUUCAUCGCUUAAUUCAAGUGGAUGUUUGUGCCAAAAUUUUAAAAAAUUCUCCCAGGCGUUCCUGUGCCUUGCCCACAGCUAAUGGCGACACAGAGGUAUAAAAACAACUUGUGAAAGCGAGCACUGAGCUCCACAGAGCUGACCGCCUUCAUAAACCUGAAGGUGCUUUUUCUUUAUUCCAGCAGCUUGCUGACGAGCUAACCUCGCUAUUAAAAAGAUCGAAAACACUAUACAUAAAAAUAAACGGUAAAUGCUAUUAACAAUAUGUACAAACUAUGAAAAGUGAGGUAACUAACUGAUGGGUGAAAUGACAACUUUGAUCACUAAGGUCGAAGGCAAAGGUGACGUUACUAUAGAGCUAACAGGGCGUAAAGUUCGUGAAACGUAUAUGCGUGACAUUAUACUGUAUAAGUAAAGAAGUGUCCCAAAAAGAGAAAUGCACCAAGACUUCUCCUCUCAGCUCUUAACUGCAUUCUCGUUUGGAGAAGCUGACCUCUGAUGGCACCAAAGAUGAGUUUCCGAGCACGUCUGCACAUUUAGCGGUUCAGAGCUGGCGGUGAAAUUGGCCUCAUUUAGGUGUGAAAGUUGAGAAAUGUAAAUAUAAAUGUGAAUUUAGUGGUUAAGUCAUCAGCUCUAUGGCCACAAGUCAACACAUGGCAGUAAUAAAGGUCUCAGAUGGAGUGGUGUUUUAUUGUUUGCCUUCUGAAAAAUAUAAGUAAGCUACUUUUUUUUUUUUUUUUUGCAUAGCGUCGACACUUCAGUCAGCUCAUAAUGAAUGCAACAUUUUCAGGUGAGAAGGUUCACUGCUUUUAAGAGUACGCUCGCUGCGUCUUUUACAGAGAGAGAAUAUAUUUAAUAUAAAUGAGGAGAAGACAGACGGAGCGUUUGCUUUUACUCACCUGUGGGUCAGCUAGUGAUGCUUAGUUUGUAAGCUGCUUUUUAGGGGUGUACAUCACUGGUUUCAUCAUGAAAGGAUAAUAUAUCGAUUCUUUGGACAAUGAUACGAUAUUUGCCGAUAUCACAAAAUCUGCCACGAUACAACUUCAAUUCGCUUUAGGAGCCAGCGAUCAGUAUGAGCCGAUAUUAUCAGCUCAUUUAACACAGCUUUGGCCCAUAAAAUAAAAACAACAUCUAAAUAAUUGUAAAUAAUUAAAACGGGUUCAAUCUGUCAGAAAGAUUUCUGGAAAAACUUUUUUUCAUUUUAACUAAAACCAUGACAUUUUUCCUAAAACUUAAGGGACGUCUGACUUAAAGCGCUUAAAACAACCGGAUUAACAACCAAAGUAUAAAACUUGGCUGCAUAAUAAUUGUCGACAAAAACAACUGUCUUUUAGCAUAAGCAUAUAGCAUUUUACUUUUUUUGUUUGCAUGCACGUUUUUUCAGUCUCACAUUGUUAAAACAGAGCAGCUAAUGUUGCACGAAGUUAGCAAAGUGAGAUGCCCGGCAGGGACGUUACAUUUGCCGAGUACGCCUUUUGUACUCUUGUCUGUCUUUGCAGUUUCUCCGAAAACAAAACAUUUCCACACUGAUGAUGUAUCGUCUUUCUCUCGGCCGCUCGCCUUCAUCUGCCUGACGCUGUGUGACAGAGACACAGAAUUUCAAAAUAAAAGCGCAUUCGAAAGAGGAUAUGGAUUGAUGUUUACACUUUGCAUCGAUGAUAAGUGAACGUUGGUCACUGAAUUGAUAUAUUGAUGGAUCGUCACACCCCUGCUGCUACAGUCCUGACGUGAUUAGAGAUUGCUAGUUUUAAUGCUGGAGCUAUCCCCCGCACCGGUUUUCAGUUUCCUGCUCUGAUUUUAAAAGUGCACGAUAUUGUGUCUUGGAUGCGAUAUCACCACAGAAAUACUCGCAGAAACAUAAAGCAUCAACUGUGAACUUAACGUGUUUUAAAUUAGAAAUACAUGCUACAGUUAUGGACUUACGGUAAUAUAACGGACUGUGUAAGAGGUAAACGGCACAGCGGCGAAAUUCCUCAUUAGCUUUCACGAACUGGGAAUUUUACAGAUGUAAAGUAGACAAAUAAACUUUAUUUAACUGAAAAUAUCACAGAUUAUUUCUGUAAACCACAUCUGUGUUUUACAGCUGUAUUGCCACACUCAUUACACCGACCGACGACGAGAUUAAAGGCCGUUACGGACUCGUUCAUGCAGAUGCUGCUCGUAUGCUUAAGCGUCAUUACAUCAAACAAACAAAACAAAAAUUAGAAACUUUAUCUCAUUUUUUUUUUCUUGGAACUACAAGAUAAAGUCGUGAUGAGACAGUAUUCUCAUAAUUGUCCUUAUCUCCUAAUAACGAGAUCUUAAUCUUAUAAGUACGAGAAGCGUAUCCUGGUUUUGGGUUUUUCUUGCUCUUUUUUCUUAAUUACGACAUUAUUAUUCUGUAAUUUUGAGAGAUGCUACAUCAUAAUUGAGAGAUACAGAAGUGUGACUACAUACUGGUGAAUGCAUGUUUGUACAGUUUAACCAGUUCAGAUCAAAUUGACAAAGACAAGAAUGAAAAACAUUUAUAUUCGCUGUUACGUUGCCGUGCAAGAUGCUGUACUCCACAUAUCAAAACUUACGAGUUUCCAAAAGCAAUAGAUUUUUAAACUUGUUGGCCUUGAUGACUUGUCAAAUAAAAUAAAUGUUUUGAAUGUUUGUCUAAAGUGCCAUCUGAGUAAACGUAUCGUUUCUGCAUAUCCGCCUUACAUAAUUCAUCAGUAUACACAGUAUGUACAGUUAGUGAUGCCAUAUUGUAUUUCUUUUAUUUUAUAGGUCUUUAUUGUGUAUUAUUCUUAAUUUAAACCUCCUGAGACGAUGUGAGGCGUAUUUGUUUUUCAGCUUUAAUUUCUGUAUGAAUAAACAUAGAAAGUGUCUGUAUUUAGAUUCAUCCCCGUACUCGUCACUCCGUUAGUGACGAAAUGUUUACGUCUUCUCCGUAAGUGUCUUUGUUUUGCCGCUCAUGCAAACAUCGUGUUAAAUGAAACCACUGAUGUCCAUAAACAAAUGUCAAUAAAGCUGUGUGUGUUAUA